UUUAUAAUUCUGUCUAGGUUCUUUCUAUAUUCCUCUAAAAGUCUCUUAUUCAUAUAUUAUAUAUGCAUGUUAGUGUUCUAAGCUUUAUUUAAGUCACAAACCAUGUCUUUUUCAUCAAAGAGCAAUAAUAAAAACAUUAUUAGCUGCUCUAGUGAAGAUGAUAAUAAUAAUAAGGAUAAUGAACUUAGAAGAGGACCUUGGACCCAUGAAGAGGAUGAUCUUCUCAAAAUGUGCAUUGCCAUUCAUGGUGAAGGCAGAUGGAAUUUUCUGGCCAAAUCUUCAGGGUUAAAAAGAACAGGGAAGAGUUGCAGAUUAAGGUGGCUUAAUUAUCUAAAGCCAGAUGUGAAAAGAGGAAAUUUAACCCCACAAGAAAAGCUUUUGAUUUUUGAACUCCACUCAAAGUGGGGCAACAGGUGGUCAAAAAUUGCACAACAAUUGCCUGGAAGGACAGAUAAUGAAAUCAAGAACUUCUGGAGAACAAGAAUCCAAAAACAAGUGAAGUAUUUCAAGAUUGACACAUUAUGGAGGACAAGAUUUGUUGAUGAAUCAAAAGAAUUAUACCAAGAGCAAAACCAAAACCAAGCAUUAAUUAUUCCAACAAUGUCUCCUGAUUGUGUCACUCAAAUGCAGCAAUAUCCAUCACUUAUUGAAGAAGCAACACCAACACCAGCAAAAACUCAAAUAAUUCCAUGUGAGAGACCUUCUUGUAUGAUGAAUGGUGCAAGUUCAAAUUGUGUGGAUUACUCAGAUUAUGAAAACAACAACAACAAUAAUGGAUCAUCAUGCAUGUCCUUCACAGAGUCAACAAAUAUGGCAAACAUGGUUCAGUUUGAGACUUUAGAUAACAUCACUAAUGCAUAUGGCAUGGAUGCACUCAACAUCGAUAUGGAAUGCCAAGUGUCACAAAGCAAUUGGCUAGACAAGGAUUUUGUAUGUACCAUGUGGAACAUGAACAUGGAUGAAUUGUCACACUUUAGGAGUAUACAAAAUCAGUAAUUAAUUAAAGUUAAGGUUUGCUU